AUGAUUCAGAAAGAUUCUGAGAUAACCGGAGAUUUCCAAAACCCUAACGGCGAGGGUUCUUCUACGGUGGCUAAAUUUUUGGACAAUAUCACGUACCGAUUGUACAUCAAGGGUUUGGUGAGUGAUGAUGAGACCGUGGUGGAUGGUAACGAAAAGACCGUGAAUGUGGCUGGAGUUGGAGUUGCGAUUUGCGAUGAGAUGGAUAAUUUGCUGUAUGAGAUUAAAGAAUCACUUAGCGACUCUCAGAUUAGCCGCAGAGGAGUAGAGAUCAUGGGACUGAUCCGUGGGUUAAGUGAAUCCUACGAUUUGGGGAUCAGAAACGUUGUGGUUUAUUGUGAUGACCAGUGGAUUUACCAAUCGAUAAUUGGUAGAGCGAAGUCUAAGAAGAAGAUUGACCAUCUUGUGGAAGAGGCUCAAAGCAGUCUAGAAAAAAUGGAUUGUAGUGACGCUGUAUUGGUUGCUCGAAACGAUGUGAAGUUUGCCUUUAGACUUGCAAGAGAGGCCAUAGUUGCUCAAAGCAGAAGCGUUGAUGUAAGGGCAAAACAAGGAGAAGUUUGUGUCAUUUGUCUUGAAGAAACCGAUGACGGGCGCAUGUUCUUUACAGACAAGUGCUCUCACCGUCAUUGUUUUUCUUGUGUAAAACAGCAUGUGGAAGUGAAGCUGCUUAGCGGAAUUGUGCCUACAUGCCUUGACUAUGGAUGCAAGUUUGAGCUCACCCUUGAAAGCUGUAGCAAGGUUUUGACAUCAAAGCUGAUUGACAUGUGGAAACAUAAGAUGAAAGAGGACUAUAUUCCCGCUGCCGAGAAAAUCUAUUGCCCAUAUCCGAGCUGCUCAAUGCUGAUGUCCAGAACCGAGCUUUCUAUUGAAGUUGAGCAAUCAAAUGUUAAGUCAUGUGUCAAAUGUUGUGGACUCUUCUGCGUUGAUUGCAAAGUGCCAUCGCAUACUGGUUUGUCGUGUGCUGAUUACAAGAAACUUCACCCUGACCCUUUAGUUGAUGACUUGAAGCUAAAGUCUCUGGCAAACGACAAUAUGUGGCGUCAAUGUGUCAAGUGUAGGCACUUGAUUGAACUUUCUGAUGGCUGCAACCACAUGACUUGCAGAUGUGGAUAUGAGUUUUGUUACCAAUGUGGGAUUGAAUGGAAGAAGGACCAAAACAUGGUGAUGAUGAUGAUGACAAUGAUGAUACUGACUCAGAACAUUCUUGUGAAGAGGAUAUGUGUGAGUGCUAUUACGAUGAAGAUGGUGUCCGUUGGCGUGACUGGGAAGAUUUUCUACGACGCGCCGCAGCUGAUGAUUGAUGUGGAUGUGGUAUGUGGGUAUCCUUCUCCUGAGGAGAUUUCCAUUGAAGAGGGCAAUGGUGAUGGAAAUGAUGACAAUUGGGACGACUACAACAACUACGGUGGUUUAACUGAUUUUGGAGAUGAAGGAGGCUUUGAUGAGGACUUUUACAGAGAUUAUUAUACUCUUUAAUUUCUGUUUGGAUCAUCAACACAAAGAUUAGACUUUG